CUAAUCCCACCCCGGAGCGUGUGGCUCAGUUGGUGCGGAGUCAUGAAAGUGUUUGUAAACAACUCAGUCAGAAGGCGCAGCAAACUGGAGUCGGACCGAUCCCCACGCACAUCUCAGAGUGUCAUCACAUCCUCCGAAGCGUCCCUGAUUUGGGCAAAUGAAGGAUGUUUGAGGUCACGUUUUCUCAACGUCACCGGGUCAACAGGAUGACACAGCUGUAACGUCACUGACUUAAUUUAUAUCCGUUGGAGCAGCUGUAGCGUUGCACUUGCAGAGCAUUAAGACGCCUUCCACUACCUGGGUGUUGUUCAACUACUGACUUAAGAUGCCUUGGCCGUUUUCGGAGUCCAUAAAAAAGCGGGCCUGCAGGUACCUCCUUCAUCGGUACCUGGGCAACUUUUUGCAAGAGAAGCUUAGUCUGGAUCAACUAAGUCUAGACCUUUAUCAAGGCACUGGGUCUCUUGCACAGGUUCCACUGGAUAAAUGGUCACUCAAUGAGCUGCUGGAGACUGCAGAUGCUCCUUUUGAAGUAAUCACAGGGUUUAUCCAGACCAUCUCUCUAACAGUUCCUUGGGCAGCCCUGCUGCAGGAGAACUGUGCUCUAGAAAUCAAAGGCUUGGAGAUGGUGCUCAGACCAAGACCAAGAGUGGCAUCUGGAGUUGAACCCAUGUGCUGGUCCAGUUUUAUGACAAGCAGCAUGCAGCUUGCUAAAGAAUGCCUGAGCCAGAAACUCACCGACGAUAUGGGAGAGAGCUUUCAGCCUUUUGAAGGAUUAGAGAAGUUUGCAGAGACGAUAGAGACGGUUCUGAGAAGAGUUAAAGUGACAUUUUUGGACACUGUUCUGAGAGUCGAACACAUCCUAGAAAAUUCUAAAACGGGAAUUGCUCUUGAGAUUCGAAUCAACAAGAUUGUUUACUGCGAUGAAACAGGUGAGGAGAGUUCAAGUGUGAAUGUCCAUCAGCCGACCACAUUUGCACAUAAACACGUGCAGAUGGAAGGAAUCACUGUAUUCUGGGACGAGUUCUCGGAUGCAUCUCGUGCUGGCUGUAAAUCGUCACCUACUCCAUCGGAAACUGAGCCAAAGCUCUCACCUAGCUGGAACCCAAAAAUAAUAUGUGAGCCACAUCCCCAGUUCACAGAGCCGGUAUCCUCAUCAGCACCCUUUGAACCUGUGCAGAUUGGGUGCCUUGGUGGCAAAAUUGAGUUGUCUCUCACUCUCAAAAACAACCUAUCAAUGCCUGGUGCAAAGCUGGAUGUUGUUGGAGAAAUUGAUACACUGAUUAUUCUGCUGUCCCCACGGCAAGUUCAUCUUCUUUUGGACCUGUUUGGAGCUUUCUCUGGUGCAGGUGCACAGGAAUGGACUAAGGAUAGAAAAAAUCGCCCCAUACAGCAGGAGGAUGAGUAUCGACUCCAAAUGGAACUGAACCGGUGCCUAAAGAAGGAUACUGCUGUGCCAGGAGCAGAUCCUGACCUCUUUGAAAGCCAGACAACCAGAACUGUGUCAAGUCGAGACGAUGUGUUCUUCUCCAUGGCUGACAUGGAUAUGUCUCACAGUUUGUCAUCCCUCCCUCCUCUGGGUGAACCACCCACUGUUGAUUUGGACUUGUCACUCAACAGUAACUACUCUGCCUCCCCAGGAGAAUCGCCUUCUGGAAAUACAACCGUUCUCUGGGACGACUAUAUGGACGUACCACGACAAAGAGAGAAGCAGACUUGUGAAGCUCCACUCCAGGCACGGGAUUCCCACCAGCCUCAGAAACUGUUGAGGCAAACUUCCCAUUCGUCCAAAACCCACGGUGAUGAGUCAAGGCCAGAGUUAGUGUUGAAGUUGACACUGGGCAGUUUGGCUGUCUCAGUCCUCCACAUUGACCCGCUGCCACCACCACAUGCUGCUCCCAGUCCCCUUGGCCCCAUGGCUGCACACUUCUUCAGCAUGGUGGGCCCAGGGCAGCUUGAUCCAGCUGCUUUCCUUCAGUCUCGCACAGUGUUUAAUCAGGCUUGUCCUCAUGACCACCUCAGGUUUGUAGGCCAGGGUCUGAAGUUAAACUAUGAUCACUGGCAGGGAUCCAACUUAAGGACUUUUAGCACUGACAUUACCCUGAGCCAGAUGGAGUUUCUAGAGUGUCUGUUCCCUUCUGAGGCUGUUAUUGGUGGCUCACAAAGAGGAAUUCAGUACACUGAGCUGCUGACAUUUGACACCACAGCCAGUGCUGAUGCGCCGCUUACCACCUGCCUUCACUUGCUUUACAAACAGGCUGAGCGCAGAGGUCCUCAGGGUGGCCAGGUGCGCCUUAGCACCAUUCCAAGGAAAGCUGAGAUCCAGGUGGAGCUGGGUCUUGUGCGCUCUGAGCUGGACAUCAGCAUCGUAGACCGCCUCAACUCACUACUGCAGCCUCAGAAACUAGUAACCACAGAGACGAUGGCCUCCCACAUGUAUACAUCUUACAAUAAACAUGUCAGCUUGCACAAGGCUUUUACAGAGGUUUUCCUCGAUGACAGCCAUACUCCUGCCAACUGCCACGUCUCACUAACAGUUCAUGCCCCAGUGCUAGGAAUUUCUGUGCGCUUUCCCAUCCCUGAUCUGCGUUCAGAUCAAGAGAGGGGCCCUUGGUUCAAGAAGUCCCUACAGAAAGAAGUACUGUACCUGGAGCUGGAAGAGCUGGACGUGAAAACCGAAUUCAUGGGUGGCAGCUCACCUGACCAAACCAAAAUGGAGCUCACGUUCAAGGAACUCACUGGGAAGUUCCAGGAGGAGCCAGGUCAGCCAGCCCCCCGGUUCCUCAAAGUGUCACACACCAUGGAUGGAGACAUGACCACAUCUGAAAGUGUAAAAUUUGAUUGGCCAAGGGUUGUGCUGAAGAUGAACCCUACUGCAGUCCACUCCAUCCUUGAGCGCGUGACAACUGAAGAUGAGGGGGCUGAAGACCAUUCCCUCGAAGAAGAAGAGGAGGAAGGGGCUGCUCAUUCACUGAAGGAUGUGUGUGACUUUGGGAAACCAGAGCCAUCACCUUUUUCUUCACGUAGGGUUAUGUAUGAGAAUGAAGAGAUGGUCAUUCCUGGUGAUGUUGGUGAGAUGACGGUGUUCCAGGACAAAACUAUGAAUAACUCUCGCUUCAUCCUUGAGUUGUGUUUCCCAAAUAUGCAGUUAACACUCCCCAGCAAGGCAUUUUAUGAAAAACUACACAACAGGAUAAACAAUGACCUGCUGCUGUGGGAGCCCACUGCUCCAUCUCCAGUGGAGACUGUUGAGAGCAUGCCAUAUGGAGUUGGACUCUCUGUUGCCAGUCAGUUGAUCAACACUUACACCAAGGACAGCUUUAGCCAGUUCCGCUCUACUGGUCCUGAGGAGGAGACCAGCGGGUCAGAGGAGGAGACCAUGCACUAUUACACUCCUGGCUCUGACUUGGGCUUCCGAUCUCGUAAGAAGAAGAAGCCCAAAGCCCACAGCAAGACCUCCCAGAGUCUUUUCUCUGUCAUUCUUAAUGUCAAUCAUGGCCUUAUGUCUCUUCAUACUAAUGCCAAGAAGGAGGAUAAAACCCCAAUGAAAAACAAACAUGGCGAGUUCUGGCUGGAGGUGAAAAAUGCUGUUUUGUUCAGUGUCACUCAAUAUGAAGGCUUUAAGGACCAGCACUACAUCUGCUUCCAUACCAGUAGCAUCUGCAUGUAUCACCAAGGACUCAUAGAUGGAGGCAUGUCUGUCUCAGACAUCAAGUUGCCAUGUAGGACACAUCCCCACUGGUUAGAGCCAACCAUCUACCAGUCAGAAACCUCUUCUGAAAAAUUGUCAACACCCUCAGAGGGUAUCGGUCUAGAAGCCCGCAGCAUGGUGUCCGUCGCUGUCAAGAUCUCAUCACAGAACACAGAACGCAACAUCAAGGAGUUUCUGGUUGCUGUUGGAGUGAGAGGUGCUACACUCCAGCACCGAGUGGUCCACCCCAGCCUGGGCUGGUAUGACCAGAUUGUUGACUUUCUGAAUGUUUCUGAUGAACCUGUGUUGGGUUACGCUCCUCCUACUUCUGUCACCACCCUACAUUUGCACCUGUGGAGCUGCUCUCUGGACUACAGACCUCUUUACUUGCCGCUCAGAUCUCUGUUGGCUGUAGAAACUUUCAGCAUCUCCAGUUGCGUGUCUUUAGACAAUUCUUCAUCAACACUCAGGAUAAUUUUGGAUGAAGCUGCUUUGUUCCUCUCAGACAAAAGUAAUGCCGUCUCUGUAAAUCUAGCUCGUGAUUAUGUCCAAGUGGUAGACAUGGGAACCUUAGAGUUGAGGAUAACUGCAGUCAAACCUGGAGCAGAUGGAAAAUUGUCAGAGCCCAGAUUUGAGCUGCGCUGCUCCAGCGACGUGAUCCAUAUCAGAACGUGUUCGGACUCCUGUGCCGCCCUCAUGAACCUAAUUCAGUAUGUAGCCAGCUAUGGAGACUUGCUCCCCCCAGCAGAACCAGAGCCCAAGCACAGCAGCGCAGCACAAAGAAGCAAGGGGGAGGCUCCUAGCCAGCCAUCAUCUCAGACUCUGCUGCUAGCUGAGACUGAGCAGCAGAUAUUGCAGGAUCUCAUGAGUGACGCUAUGGAAGAGAAUGAUGGGCAGCCCCCACCAGGGCCACAGGAGAAUGGCACACCUGAGGAGCAGAUUCAUGACAAUGACCCUCCUCGCUCAGACCUGUUCCUGUUCCCAGAUGAGAGUGGGAAUUGCCAAGAUGCAAGCCCCACCUACCCCAUGCUUCCUUCUCCUCUCAUCACACCUGCUCCGAGUCUGGCCCAAGAGACGGACGACUUUUGCAUAUUGGAAACUCCAAAUUCCAGAGGAGAGGAUCGAGAUCAGGAGCCAGUGGUGAAGCAGCUAACCUCAGAGCCAGUGGAAAUCAAAGAUGAUCACUUUAGUCAGCCUCUGGAUGGGAGUGAUUCCAGUCGUGGAGCCAACUUGCCCAUCCCAGAGGUUCGCUACCUCAUUAAGGAGAUCUCUGUCAUCUGGCAUCUUUAUGGUGGAAAAGACUUUGGGAGUGUGACUUCUGUAGUUUCUCCUGCCAGAAGCUGGGGAUCUACACCUCAUAGCUCUCCCUCUCAAACUCCAGUGAGACAAGUGAAGGCUUCAGGACGGGUUGUGGGUGGAAAGGGAAGGAACCCUGAUGUCCUAAUGGAGAUCCAACUCAGCAAGGUGCGAUUUCAGCAUGAGGUGUACCCACAGACCUCGGCGGUAUCUCGUCCAGCAGUGGACCAGCCAGUGUCCCGACAGGUGUUUUCUGUGCAGGACUUGGAAAUUCGUGAUAGACUGGCUACCUCACAGAUGAACAAGUUCCUCUACUUGUACUCUAGCAAGGAAAUGCCUCGAAAAGCCCAUUCCAACAUGUUGACAGUUAAGGCACUGCACAUGUGUCCUGAGUCAGGUCAGGCUCCCCCAGAGUGCUGUUUGCGGGUCACUCUGAUGCCUCUUCGCCUCAAUAUUGAUCAGGAUGCACUAUUCUUCUUGAAAGACUUCUUUACUAGUCUUGCUGCUGAAGUUGAGUUUUUCUCACCACCCGUACAAGAAGCUGUUUGUGUGACCACAAAGAACAUGGCUGCCCCAGAGAUCUCUUGCAGCUUCUCCAAGCACGCUGGCAGCAGCCAGGAUCCAGCCCCAAUCAUCUCCGUGCCUACACAGAGACGAUUGAGCCAAAAUGGUUUCUCUACAUCUGGCAGGGAAGAAGGGAAUGACAGUGAAGUUUCUGCUCCUCCUUUCACAGACCAGCCCAUCUUCUUUAGGGAGUUUCGAUUUACCUCUGAGGUUCCCAUUCGCCUGGACUACCAUGGGAAACACGUGUCUAUGGACCAGGGAACAUUUGCAGGGAUCAUUUUCGGGCUGACUCAGCUGAAUUGUUCAGAGCUGAAACUUAGGCAGUUGUGCUAUAGACAAGGAUUAUUAGGUGUGGAUAAGCUGUUUUCCUAUGCAAUAAACGAGUGGUUAAAUGACAUAAAAACAAACCAGCUUCAAGGACUGCUGAGUGGUGUUGCGCCCAUUCACACUCUGGUAAAACUGGUUCACGGACUCAGGGAUUUGGUCUGGCUUCCAAUUGAGCAGUACAGGAAGGAUGGUCGGAUAGUCCGUGGAUUUCAGCGUGGCACUGCUUCCUUUGGCACCUCUACUGCUAUGGCUGCCCUGGAGCUCACAAACAGGAUGGUGCGCACUAUCCAGGCAGCAGCUGAGACGGCGUAUGAUAUGGUGUCUCCAGUGCCUGAUGAGAGAGACACAAAGAGGGUAAAACGGAUCUCCCAUUAUGGGCUGGCUCAUCAGCCUGUUGACCUUAGAGAAGGUGUAGCCAAAGCCUAUACUGUGGUGAAAGAGGGGAUCACAGACACUGCACUAACCAUCUACGACACAGCCACCCGGGAGCACGAGCAGCGAGGUAUGACAGGGGCAGUCGGCGGAGUUCUCCGCCAGCUGCCGCCAGCAGUAGUCAAGCCGCUCAUUAUGGCCACUGAAGCCACCUCAAAUGUUUUGGGUGGAAUGAGGAACCAGAUUCACCCCGAUGCACGUCAGGAGGAGUCGCAGAAAUGGAGACAGGGUGAUGAGUAAGUCUCAUUGCCAUUUGAAAACUGAAACUAUGACUGUGCAGCAGCCACAGCUAAUAGAUGGAGAGGAACAAAGUUGGACAGCAAGCUCCAGUGUAAAUAAAACUGUAUUCAUCUUGUGGCAGUUUGAGCUACUGUGAUUUUAGCUUGUGUCAGCUUAUCACUUGCCUCACAGUGCCUUCAUGGUCAUCAGCAUUGUCCAACUGUAUAUGUGUAAUCAAAGGGAUGUAUGGAGAAGGAUGAGUUUGUGCGCCACAUAUAUUAAUGUGGAUUAUGCUCUGUUGUAGGAGAGCCCAUGCAGUUUAAAAUGUAAACGCAUAACAAUGAAGAAAUAGGUUGUUUCAUCUGCUUCAUUUUCAAACAGCUGUUUACAGAUUGUGCGGUUGCGUUCUCUUAUCCUACUUUGGGGCAGCAAACACUAAUAUAGGUGUAAUGACCCUUAAUUUAUAUAAGAUGUACUGUAUGUGGGCUUUAUUUACUGUAGAUAUUAUUAAUGAGCAACAUGUCAUGCAAAUAUGAGAGAACAAAUGUAGAAGCAAAGUGUUGCAUCCUUGUAAAGCUGUGUAAUUAGCACUUUUAACGGAGUUGAAGGGUUGUAACAAUUGAUCGAUGGGAAGCUUAUCCAGAGUUGUUAUAAGGUUUCAGUUUUAGUGUGGCAUCAUUUUCACAAAAGCUGCUGUCCUGAAAAAGCUGCUCUUUAAAUUUAAAAACCGCUUUGGUCUUACAAUCUCAUGCUCACAUUUUUGAAUUGUUGACAAAGUGAAGCUACUCAAGAUCCACAAGUGAAGUCUUAAUGUACUACUCAACUGGAAUUUUUUUUUUUUUUUUUUUUUUUUUAAAAGGGUGUACGUUUGUAUAUUGAUGUCUGAUGUGAUAGGUUGUGUUGCAAACUCUUUAUUUGCUCACUUUUCUUGGGUUAUGUGGUAUUUCUUGUACAUAUGUGUACAGUUGUCUCAUAAAUUUGUAUUAAAAGCAUGAAGGAGAAAUAAAAACGGUGAAAUUCA